AUGUUCAUCGCAGUGGUCGUUAUGGUUCUUCCCUUCGCUUGGGCUGGCGAUCACUUCCUGCACAAGAGGGCUGAAGAUUGCGAUGUGACAGGGCACUUUAGCUGCAACACCACCGUUUUUGAUGAGAUGGGUGAGAUCACCUUCUAUCCCAAUGAGAAGGACGAGGUGACUUUGGUCAAGAACGACUACGCAAAAUUCAUGCGGGUUGGCCUUCACUAUGGGGUUGACAACCAUGAAAUUCAACAUUGCGCAAAAGUGCCCUCACCGCACCUCACCUAUCGCUGUGCCAUUGUCGAGACUGUAGGGCAGGAUCCCAAUGCUCGCUUCCAUGAUGCCUUCACAGACUACGUCUUCAAUGACGAUUGCAGCUCUUUUACCAAGGUGGGGACACAUUUGUCGAACACCGCUGUGGUGAAUGUGGAAUGUGCUCGCAUCAAGCAGUGA